UCGCCCUGCCGGCUGCGCUGUCUGCUGCUCAGGCCGCGGCUGCUCCGGCGCUUCCCUUGCCCUGCUGGCGGUCGGGCAGCGCUGGCAGCGCCGCUCCGGCUCCUGCUCCAGCCCCGCGGGCAUCCCGGAGCUCCCCGAGCCCCGCGGGCUGGCUGCGGCCGCUGCGGGCAGGCAGCGAGGUGCGCUCCCCGUGCCGAGGUGCGCUCCCCAUCCCCGGCGUGCCCGCGGAGCCCCCGGCAGGGCAGCAUGGCAGCCGUGCGCAGGAAGUUUGGGGACGAGUACCAGGCCGUGGGCCCCGCUCGCUGCAGCGCCCGCAGGGAGCGGCAGCGCUUCGUGGACAAGAACGGGCGCUGCAACGUGCAGCACGGCAACCUGGGCGGCGAGAGCAGCCGCUACCUCUCCGACUUCUUCACCACGCUGGUGGACCUCAAGUGGCGUUGGAACCUGCUCAUCUUCCUGCUGACCUACACGGUGGCGUGGCUGGUGAUGGCCUCGAUGUGGUGGGGCAUCGCCUACCUGCGCGGUGACCUGCAGCAGGCGCACGGUGACACCUACAGCCCGUGUGUGGCCAACGUGUACAACUUCCCCUCCGCCUUCCUCUUCUUCGUGGAGACCGAGGCCACCAUCGGAUACGGGCACCGCUACAUUACGGAGCGCUGCCCCGAGGGCAUCGUGCUGUUCCUCUUCCAGUCGCUGCUGGGCUCCGUUGUGGACGCGUUCCUCAUCGGCUGCAUGUUCAUCAAGAUGUCCCAGCCCAAGAAGAGGGCCGAGACGCUCAUGUUCAGCCGCUCCGCGGUCAUCUCGCAGCGCGAUGCCAAGCUCUGCCUCAUGUUCCGCGUGGGCAACCUCCGCAACAGCCACAUGGUGUCUGCCCAGAUCCGCUGCAAGCUCAUCAAGUCCAGACAGACACCGGAGGGAGAAUUUCUGCCACUGGACCAGUGUGAACUGGACGUUGGAUUUGGAACUGGAGCUGACCAGCUGUUUUUAGUCUCCCCUUUAACCAUCUGUCACGAAAUCAACUCAGAGAGCCCCUUUUUCUGUCUCUCACAACGAUCACUGAGGAGUGAGCAAUUUGAAAUAGUUGUCAUCCUCGAAGGAAUCGUUGAGACGACCGGGAUGACGUGCCAAGCCAGGACCUCGUACACAGAGGAUGAAGUCCUGUGGGGUCACAGGUUCCUCCCAGUCAUGUCUCUGGAAGAUGGCUUCUUCCGUGUCGAUUAUUCCCAGUUCCAUGCCACCUUUGAAGUCCCCACUCCUCCUUACAGUGUCAAAGAGCAAGAAGAAAACCUGUCCCAGUCGUCUCUCUUGAAUAGUCCUUUUGAUAAGAAAACCAGGAGAGAGCAGGUUUGUCCACCUGAGUGUGCUGAUAUUACAGGAGAGAAGAACAAGCUCCCUGCUAAACUGCAGAAGAUCAGCUCCAGGAAGGAAGGCCUUCCACCAAGAGCCCUGAGAAUGAGUUCCAGUCACACAGAGAAGACUUUCAGUACUGGAGAUCUCUUGAAAAUUCAAGAAAUAAGUCCCACCUCUGAUGGUGAAGACAGUGAUAACAGGAUGCAGCUGGAAGCCUUAAAGAUAAAUGCCAAGGCUCUGACUCAGUCUACCAGCCAGCUCGAGUUACAGAAGGAUUUUCCAGGUAUGGGAGCUCUGGAGGGGAAACUGGAAGAUAAUUUUCCUGCCAAACUUUGAAAAGUUCUGAUCGCUUCUUUUGAGAGCUGAAGAAACAGGAGGUGUUGCUGAUAAACUGCAUUUGAGACUGCUGCCCUGAAAGAGCUGUUUCACAGUAAAGUCACAACUUGGCUUUGCUGCUUCCAGGAAGAACGAUCCUUUUUGUGUAAUUGUUCUGUACAGAUGCAAUUUAGGUAGCACAACAGGACUUUGAGGGGCAGUCAGGCUACCCUGUCAUGCCAAAGAGCUUCCUGCCCUGAUGUUUAUCAGCUCAUUGCAGAUCUCCCCUGUCUUCCAUGUGUGCAGAUGCUUUUUCACAAAGCAAGGAUCAGAUCCUUAGGCACAGAGGUGGAACCAAGAAGGGUUUAACAGCAGCUAAAGCCUGGCUUUGUGCAGCUCAGCUCCUGGGCUGCUCCUGAGGUCCAGAACAGCAGAGCACAGGAGGAAUAAGUGACACUGCUCAGUGCUAGUCCAGUUCUCUGUGUGUGACCCCUUUGGGAAGAGGCUUUCUGUGCAUCCUGCUUUCCCAGUGACUCCCUCUGUGCUCCCAGAGCUCAUCCAUGAACAUCCAGGUGGAGGAAGCAGUGUGCACAAACCAUUUGGGUCACUUGACCCACGUGAGCUCUCGUCAAUGUGAGGAUCAUUUAUCCUGUCCAAAAUUAGACCUCAGCAUUUGAUUUGGUGGAUCAUAUGCUGAAUUUUAAUGACCAUAUCACCACUCACUGUGAAGGAAACUUGAGACAGGUAGCUCAGCUUCAUGGCAUGUUUUAUACUGCAACUGAAUGAAAUUUCAGUUUGGAGACAUCCUAAGUAAAUAAAGAAAAGCAAAGUGCUAAAUAAUGCUCUGUCAUUGCACAUCUCAGAGUUUUAGUAAUGAAUGGUAGUCUUUGUUGUUGCUAAUUUUCAUUUUGUUCCAAUUGUCUUCUCCAUUUAUAUAAGAGUCUCAGUAAUUUAGUAGAUUUGAUAUUUAUUGCUAUUCAGCUCAAUCCACCUCUGUCUGUGAGAGAGGCUUUUUCUUUCCUGGUUGGUAAUAAUUACAAACACACCCUGCUCUUUUGUAACCAGUGUUCAGUAGCUCAGGGUGCUCCAUCACCAGAGCACCAGCAAAGCACUCUCCAAUAGAAGAAUCAAAUUCUGCUCUUAUGUGGACAAGAUUCAGUCAAAUUUAAAAGGGGUGGCCCUGGCCAUGUUGUUUGGCAAUGCAUUCCUUGAUAAUAAAGUGAUGUAUCCAGGCUAGGAACAGCUUGGCUUGCAGAACUCACUGUUUCUUUGCUUUUGAUCUGUCUAACAGGGUGAAACUGGAAAAUGCUGUUUUAUGCAGGGAUAAGAUGUGCUGCUUGUCAUUGUUUAUCUGUUCUCAACAUGAAUUUCAACAAUAUAUAUGUGCUAAAAUCUGUAUUUUCAUUUAUCAGCUGUAUUUGUAUGGAGUAUUUAGAUGACAGCAUGAAGUCUUACAUGAUGAUGACUCUCCCUACUCUCCAGAACUGCCAAAAUUAGUAUAAAAUAAAAUAAUCCACAUUGG